UUUAUUUUCGAGACAGUUGAUCCGCAAGGAUUUGGUCCGCUUUCCAUGGUUUCUCAGGGGACGAGAUUUUGAGAAACCUGGCGAGGGAUUUAUAAGCAUCUAGUAUCCCACCGGCGGCAACUUGGAAAUGGAAAUUGACGCUACACAUAAUUGGAAUCCAUCCAUGGGCGGAGGCGUGAGAGAAGUUCUGUUUGAAGUACGGCGUCACGCUUCAGGAACUUACUCCAAUUACCCUCCGACGGGUCAACAGGUGGACGAUGGCCGCGGAAGGACUUUACUCUCCUACUUUUCGUUGCGAGGCAUCACCCAAAUGAAGGAGAGAUGGACAGAAUAUAGGAAUCCAAAAAAGGUGGGUAAGCAUGCAGCUUUGUUCAUCUCUCCCCAUGCUGAUCGAGUGGCUGUAGCUUUCAGGAAUCAGAUAACGUUCUUGCAGAAAGAUGAUGACUAUCAACAACCAAGUGGCACUUUUACCAGUGGAAACAUCAGUGCCUUCACAUGUGGUACAUGGUCAGAAGCUCAUGAAGUCCUUGGAGUUUUUGAUGACACUAAUACUCUAUAUUUCAUUAAAGCUAAUGGAGAAGAAAUUACCAGAAUCACCGGGAAGCAUCUUAAAGUCUCCCUACCAAUAUUGUGCUUGAUUUUGCAGGAUGACAAUGAUGUGAACAAAGCAUGCUUGUGUACCUUUAGCAUUCUUACAUCAGAUGGUUCACUCCACGAUUUAGAAAUUAGUCAGGAUCUAAGUGCCUCCAUGUCUGCAGCUCCUCUUGCACGUACUGGAGUAAUGCUGAAGAAACAAUUCCCAAAGAAUGUUUUCUGUAUGCAUCACCAUCCAAAGUUGUCUUUGUUUGCUACAAUCAGUAGUGCCAGUGGUGUUGCCAUUUCCAAUACGUCAGGACAUCCAGGAUCACCUAGUCUAUCUCUUUGGCAAAGAAGUAGCAGCUCAGAUUUGGAGCUCGUGGUAUCCAUUGAUUUUGAAGGUUUAUAUGCUGAAGCAAAAGGUGUAGAUCAGUUGAUUUCUCCGAAGGUGCUCAUCUCACCUGAGGGAAAUUUUGUUGGCACUCUUGAUGCUAGGGGUUGCUUGCUUAUUUUUAAGUUUCAUCAAAAGCAGUGGAGCCUAUCAAAUCUUUACAAUACAAAGAGGCAUGAUCUGCAAAUGAAAAAUGACUUGUCUGGUGGAGGCAUGGAUUUUCUGAAUGAUAUAGUUGACUUUACUUGGUGGUCUGAUGAUGUACUUGCUGUUGCGAAAAGGGAUGGCACUAUUACGAUGUUUGAUGUCCCUACUGGUGUUAAAUUGUUGGAGAAAGAUCCUGUUUACUCAAUGCCUAUCAUGGAAACAGUGGAGAAGUUGUCUGGAUGCCUUUUUCUUUUGGAGAGUACAUCUGGGCAAAGCUAUAAAUCAUCUGAAGAAAAAAGAACAACAGACUUGCGUCUUAUUGAGCAGCUGGAAUGUGCUAAACUGCAGUGGAAUUUAUUUUCACUUUCAGAAAGAUCUGUUUCUGAAAUGUAUGACUUGCUAAUACGUAAACAAGACUAUCAAGUUGCUCUUAGCUUUGCUCAUCAUCAUGGGUUGGAUAAAGAUGAACUGUUGAAGUCACAAUGGAUGUCUUCUAGUCAAGGAGUAAACGAGAUAAAUAAAUUGCUGUCAACUAUCAAGGACCAUGUUUUUGUCCUGUCUGAAUGUGUAGAUUGUGUAGGACCAACAGAAGAUGCAGAGAAGGCUUUACUGGCUUAUGGACUCCACCUAACAGAGAAUUACAGGUUUUCUAAAUCACAAGAAGAUGAGAGCAGCCAAGUUUGGGACUUCCGUAUGGCAAGAUUAAAGUUGCUUUUGUUUAGAGACCGGCUGGAAACAUUUCUUGGGAUAAACAUGGGAAGGUUCUCGGCUCAAGAGUACAAUAAAUUUCGUAAUUUACCAAUUAAUGACGCUGCUGUAGCCCUUGCAGAGACAGGGAAGAUUGGAGCGUUAAACCUUCUUUUCAAACGACAUCCAUUUUCGCUCGGUCCUUACAUAUUGGAGGUUCUUGCUGCUAUUCCUGAGACAGUUCCAGUUCAGAGUUAUGCACAGCUCCUUCCUGGGAAUUCCCCUCCUGCAAGUAUUGCUCUGAGGGAGGAAGAUUGGGUUGAAUGUGAUAAGAUGGUCUCAUUUAUAAACAGUCUACCUGAGGACCAUGGUAGCAGGGUUCUUAUUAGAACUGAACCAAUUGUCAAGAGAUACAUGGGAUUUCAAUGGCCAUCAACUGCUGAUCUUUCUAGCUGGUACAAAAAUAGAGCCAGAGAUAUUGAUACCUUAAGUGGACAGCUUGAAAACUGCAUGUGCUUGGUUGACUUUGGUUAUCAAAAGGGGAUCUCAGAGUUGCAGCAUUUCUAUGAGGACAUCUCUUUCCUGCGCCAGCUUAUUUAUUCUGAUGAAAAUGAAGGGAAAAGAAAUUUUUUUCUUAGUCUUAUUGCUUGGGAGAAGUUAUCUGACUAUGAAAAAUUCAGAUUGCUGCUCAUGGGAGUGACAGAGGAAGACGUAAUUGGAAGACUAAAGAAUAUUGCAAUCCCAUUCAUGCAAAAGAGGGAUUAUCAUAUAGCUGCUGAUUCUACAAAUGAGCUGACUGGUAGCCAAUGUACUAUGGAUAAUACAGCUGACUCAUUUCUGGUUAGAUGGCUAAAAGAGAUUUCUUUGGAAAAUAAACUAGGGAUAUGUUUGAUAGUAUUUGAAGAAGGGUGCACGGAUCUGGAAAAUAGUUACUUUUUCAAAGAUGAGGCCCAGGUGGUGGAUUGUGCUCUGCAGUGCAUGUAUUUGUGCUCUUCAACAGAUAGAUGGAGUACAAUGUCCUCAAUUUUAUCUAAACUUCAACAUUUACGAGGUUAUGGAAAUGAGGACCUCAAGACAAGAUUGAAAGUCACUGAAGGCCACGUUGAAGCAGGGAGGAUUUUGGCAAUUUACCAGGUGCCAAAGCCUAUUAACUAUUUUAGGGAGCCACAUACAGAUGAAAAAGGUGUAAAACAGACACUUCGUCUUAUACUCUCCAAAUUUAUUCGGAGGCAGAUGGGUCGAUCAGAUAAUGACUGGGCUAACAUGUGGCGUGAUUUGCAGUGUUUGCAAGAAAAAGCUUUUCCCUUCCUUGAUUUGGAGUACAUGUUGAUAGAGUUCUGUAGGGGAUUGCUUAAAGCUGGAAAAUUUCCACUUGCAAGGAACUAUUUAAAAAGUACAGGUUCAGUAGUUUUGGCUGCAGAUAAGGCCGAAACUCUGGUCAUUCAAGCUGCAAGAGAGUAUUUCUUCUCAGCAUCAAGUCUUGAUUGUCCAGAAAUAUGGAAGGCUAAGGAAUGUCUUAAUAUCUUGCCUAGUAGCAGAAAUGCCAGGGUAGAAGCUGAUAUCAUUGAUGCCCUUACCUUGAAACUUCCAAAACUGGGAGUAAAUGUCCUGCCAUUGCAAUUUAGACAAAUGAAAGAUCCAUUGGAAAUAAUUAAGUUGGCAAUUACAAGUCAAGAUGGAGCUUAUCUCAAUGUUGAUGAACUUAUUGAAAUUGCCAAACUUCUUGGAUUGAGCUCACACGAUGAAAUAUCAUCCGUACAAGAAGCUAUUGCAAGAGAAGCUGCUGUUGCUGGAGAUUUGCAACUAGCUUUUGAUCUGUGUCGUGUUCUGGCUAAAAAGGGUCAUGGUUCUGUCUGGGACUUAUGUGCUGCUCUUGCAAGAGGUCCUGCCCUUGAUAAUAUGGAUGUAAAUUCUCGAAAGCAUCUUUUAGGGUUUUCUUUGAGCCACUGUGAUGAAGAAUCUAUUGGUGAUCUGCUAAAUGGGUGGAAAGAUCUUGACAUGAUGGGACAGUGUGAAACUUUAAUGAUGCUGACCGGGAGUGAGCCUCCUGAAUCUGCAGUUCAGGGUACUUUAGCCAUCUCAUAUCCACUAUAUAGUACACAAGGUUCUGUUGAUUUUGGAACUUGUUCAGGAAAGGUUGAUAAUAUUGGUUAUGGUGAUCAAGGACAUCUUGAUGCCGUAAAAGAUUUGCUCUCUCUAGUUGCAGAAAAUUUGCCUUUUGAGAAUGGUUAUCAAUGGGAAUCUAUCCUUAGAGAAAACGGGAAAAUUUUGUCCUUUUCUGCUUUGCGCCUUCCUUGGUUACUUGAACUGAGUACUAAAGCAGAAACAACUAAAAAACAUAUAUCAGGCUCAGUUUCAGGAAAGCAGUACAUAAGUGUUAGAACACAAGCUGUUGUAACUAUUAUCUCUUGGUUGGCAAGGAACGGUUUUGCUCCAAAAGAUAAUUUGAUCAUCUCCAUUGCUAAAUCAAUUAUGGAACCUCCUGUUACUGAAGAGGAGGACAUCAUGGGAUGCUCUUUUCUCUUAAAUCUGGUGGAUGGCUUUUCUGGUGUGGAUAUUAUUGAAGGAUUUGUGAAAGCAAGGGAAAGUUACAACGAAAUUAUGAGCAUUAUGAAUGUGGGGUUGAUUUAUGGUUUAUUACAUAACCGCAGAGGCGAAUGUGAGGAGCCUGCUCAGAAGAGGAUGCUGUUGCUUAGGGAAUUCCAACAGAAACACAAAUCAGUUGCAUCAGAUGAAAGAGAUGAAUUAGACAAGGCACAAUCUGCAUUCUGGAGAGAGUGGAAACUAAAAUUAGAAGACCAAAAGCGUGUGGCAGAUCAUUCAAGGGUUUUGGAACAGAUUAUUCCUGGUGUUGAAACAGCUCGUUUUUUGUCUGGAGACACUAGCUACAGGGAGAGUGUUGUUUUUUCCUUUAUUGAAUCCAUAAAACUGGAGAAGAAACAUGUAUUAGAAGAUGUUAUAAAAUUAGCCCAUACCUAUGGCUUGGAUCAGACCAAGGUGCUACUCCACUAUAUAAGUUCUACUUUUACUUCUGAGGCUUGGACAGUGGAUGAUAUUGUGGCUGAUCUUUCACAAUUCAGAAAUGAAGUGAUUUCCUCUGCUGCGGAAACCAUAACAGUCAUUACUGUGUCUGUCUACCCUUUGAUUGAUGGUCAUGAUAAGCAGCGGCUUGCUUAUAUAUAUGGUCUACUUGCUGAGUGCUACUUGCAGCUGGAAGAGCUAAAAGAACCACUUCCUACUAUUGGCCAGAGUCCAAUGCACUUAGAUGCCAUCCAUUUAGCUCGUUUCAGCAAGGUUGUAAGCCAAGAAUGUUUCAGGGUUUCCUUUAUUGGUGGCCUCAACUUCAAGAAAAUUGCUGGAUUGACAGAUCUGAACUGGGAUUGCUUCAAUGAUGAAGUCUUUUCUCACAUUAGUGAAAAGAAUGUUGAAGCGCUGGCAGAUAUGGUCCGCAACCUUAUCGGGUUGUAUGGAGAUUCAUUACCUGAAGGUCUUUUGUCAUGGCAGUAUGUCUACAGACACCAUGUGCUGAAUUUGUUGACAACCUUUGAAACUCAAUUUAAAACAGAUAGCCUUAGUGAAAGCCCUGAAAAUUUUCAUUGCUUCCUGAGUGAGCUUGAGCAAACCUAUAAUGCUGUCCUUAAAUACGUGAAAUUCAUUGAAUAUCCAGGUAUACUGGACAUAAUGAUGCGAUUCGUUGCAGUAAUGGUACCUUUUGAGAAACCGUCAAGUAAACGUUUUGACUCAAUGUGGCAGGAGUGUCUUCUCAAGCUAUUGAAUAUGUGGCUUAAAAUGAUGAGUGACAUGCAGGAACUUAAAUAUCUUGAGCAUUCAGAUGAAAGCUUCUGUUCAGAAUCUUUAGUGACGUGUCUCAAAGUAUUCAUUAACUUGAUUUUAAAGGGGAAAGUCUCUCCCAUUGAAGGUUGGGGCACCAUUAUUAGUUUCAGUAACUCAGGAGUUAAUGGUGAUGCUAUAGUUGAAAUUUUUAAUUUCUGCAGAGCAAUGCUUUUCUCAGGAUGUAGGUUUCUAGCUGUUGCCUAUGUAUUUACCGAUGCACUGAGUCAACUCUCGCCUGGGUCGGCUUUGGCAUUAAGCACUGGAAGAUGUUAUAUCAAUAUCCAGGAUCUCCCCCAUCUUUACAUAAGUUUACUGGAGAUGAUCUUGCUUGACCUAGAUAGUGGAUCUCUUGAAAAGCAAAAGUUUCACUCUUUCUUGUCAUCUUUGAGUAAACUUGAAGGGAACUUGGAGGAUUUGAAAUGUGUCAGGGAUUCUGUUUGGAAAAAGUUGGCAGAGGUAUCUGACAACUUGCAGCUUCCUAGCCACUCACGUGUAUAUAUCCUGGAGCUUAUGCAGUGUAUUAGAGCUACAGAUAAGGAGCUGAAAGUGUUCUCUUCUGAGCUAGACACCUAUGUUAUUCCUUGGGAAGGGUGGGAGAAUGUCCAGAGUGGAUGUGUAAAUCAUGAAAAGACCAGUGAUUGUGGGAUGUCAAAUGUUGCAGACACAGCUAACAGAUUUACAAAUACUUUAGUUGCCCUUAAAUCAUCUCAGAUGUUGUCAGCUAUUUCGCCAAGCUUGGAAAUUGCACCAGAAGAUUUAUUAACUACUGAAUCAGCUGUUUCUUGCUUUGUAAAAGUGUCUGAAUCUGCCAAGUCUGAAUCCGAGAUUGAUACUUUGAUAGCUAUGUUGGGAGUGUGGGAGGAACUUUUCAUGUAUGGAAGAAAAGAUUCUCCUAAGGUAGAUGAUAUUGGAAAUAGUUGGAGUAAUGAUGAUUGGGAUGAGGGAUGGGAAAGCUUUCUGGAAGAAUCUAGGGAGAAAGAGUCGAAGAGUAACAGCACUCUUUUGGUUCAUCCUUUACAUGUAUGUUGGCUGGAGAUCGUCAAAAAAUUAAUAAGGCUUUCCAGGUACGAGGAAUUUCUGAGAUUGGCUGAUAAGUACAAAGGAAAUACCACGCAAAUUUUGCUUGAUGAAGAUGAUGCUCGUUGUCUAAGUCAAAUUAUGCUUGAAUUGAACUGUUUUAUUGCUCUUAAGAUAAUGUUGUUACUGCCAUAUGAAGCUGUACAAUUGCAGUGCUUGGAAGCCGUAGAGGUAAAGUUGAAACAAACAGGCAUCCCGGAUGAAUUUGGCAAAGAUUAUGAAUUCUUGCUUCUUUUAUUAUCAUCUGGAAUAAUAGUACCUAUCAUCACCAAAUCUUCUUAUGGCGCCACUUUCUCGUGUCUUUGCUAUAUGUUUGGGAAUGUCUCUCGUCAGUGGCAGGAGGCACAGUUGUCAAGCCUCAAAUAUAUGAUAGCCAGUGAAGAUAAAAGCAACUUGAACCUUAUUUUUGUUUUCACAAGACUGCUUUUCCCAUGUUUUCUAGCAGAGCUUGUGAAAGCUGACCAGCAGAUUCUGGCAGGGUUUUUUGUUACAAAAUUCAUGCACACUAGUGCAUCAUUUAGUAUAGUGAAUGUUGUGGAUGCUAGUCUUAGAAGAUAUUUCGAAAAGCAGCUCCAACUGCUAGACGAUGAUGAAGCCUCUUGGGAGGGCAUCAAUUCUAGUGAACCUUUGUUGAACACCAUAUUGAGCUUUAGAGACAGGUUAGGAGAAUUGAUCCCAUCCGCUUUGUCAUUACUUCCUGCACCGGGUUGAUGAUGUUUUGGAUGUUUUAAUGAACAUUUGGUUUUAGAGUUGUUAAAAGAUAUCUUCAUAUACAUCUUGCUGAAGAAUUCAAGGGUCCGGUGACGUUUUCCUUUGUGUGUAUAGAGGAGUCUCUAUACUUACAUAGCAGAUACCAACAGUGAAAAACAAAUGAAUCAUAGUCUCAAUUUAUUACUGAGCA